AAAGGAAGACACGAGUGACGCUCCUGCGUCACUUCCGCUCUACUUAAAAAAAUGGCGUCCUCUUUGCCUCAGAGUGGUACGAAGGAAGCGAAAACGGACAAAAAUCCCACAAAAGCUAAAUAUGACGGGGCAGAAGCUGAACUCAUGACUGUUCCUGACGGAUGGAAAGAACCGGCCUUUUCCAGAGAGGAUAACCCCCGCGGCCUGCUGGAGGAAAGCAGCUUCGCAACUCUCUUCCCUAAAUACAGAGAGGCGUACUUGAAGGAGUGCUGGCCGCUGGUGGAAAAGGCUCUUGGAGAUUCUCACAUCAAAGCCUCUCUGGACCUGAUCGAAGGCAGCAUGACGGUGUGCACCACUAAGAAAACCUUUGACCCCUACGCCAUCGUCAGAGCGAGGGACCUCAUCAAGCUCCUGGCAAGAAGCGUCCCGUUUGAGCAGGCUGUGCGGAUCUUGCAAGAUGACAUGGCGUGUGACAUCAUCAAAAUCGGCACCAUGGUGCGGAACAGAGAACGCUUUGUAAAGCGAAGACAGCGGCUGAUCGGCCCCAAAGGUUCCACCUUAAAAGCAUUGGAGCUGCUGACCAACUGCUACGUGAUGGUGCAAGGCAACACGGUGUCCGCGCUAGGACCCUACAACGGCCUGAAGGAGGUUCGAAAGGUGGUGAUGGACACGAUGAAGAACAUCCAUCCCAUCUAUAACAUCAAGACACUGAUGAUCAAACAGGAACUCUCCAGGGACCCAGAGCUGCGAACGCAGAACUGGGAGCGCUUCAUGCCAAAGUUCCGCCACAAGAACCUGUCUAAGCGGAAGGAACCUAAGAAGAAGAGCGUGAAGAAAGAGUACACACCCUUCCCUCCUUCACAGCCAGAAAGCAAGAUUGAUAAGGAGCUUGCCACUGGAGAGUUUUUCUUACGAGAAAGUGUGAAGAAGAGAAAGAAGAUGGAGGAAAUAAAAGUCAAACAAGCAGAAGUUCUGACUAAAAGGCAAGAAGAGCGAAACAAAGCAUUCAUUCCUCCCAAGGAGAAGCCUUUGAUGAAGAAAAGUGCAAAAGCUUCUACAGAAGCAAAGCUGGACAUAGAGGCCAUCAAGGACAAAGUCAGAAAAGCCAAAACCAAGAGACUGGGAGCUCUGCCUCUAAUUCCAGCUCCAAGCAGCAUAAAGAAAACAAAAAACAACAAAGCUAAAAGCAAAGGCUGAGGAGCAUCCUGAAGCAGAGCUGGACGGGUUUGGGUUUCACCACAAAGGGUUUCUUCUGAUUCAGAGAACUUCCUCUCUGACAAUGAGAAAGUGGACAAAAGUGGGAAGAGAGGAUCUGUUUGUUCUCCUGUUCUCUCGCCAGAGUCUUUGUGAAGAUUUUUAUGAAUAUUUAUGCAGUUUGACUGUAUUGACUCAGAAACAAAUGUAAAAAACCAAUUUAUUACUGUGUUUAUCUCACUUUUAGAUUGUCUUGUGAACAUGAAUGAAAGAUUUUGGGCUUGUCUUGUCUUUUGACCAUCUGUUGUUGUUAGGAAUCGGCUUCUGUUAUUACCUGACAGUUACAGUAAUUGUUUAAUUACACCUCAAAAUGUUAUUUCAACAGUACGAAAUAAAACAUUUCUCCAAAACGUAAA